AGGCAUGAGUGAUCAUAUGCCCAGGAUAGGUGGUUACAGUGGAGUCAAAAUACGAGAGUUUGAUGAUGGUAAUAUAUGUCAACCCUGAGCCUGUAAAAAGAGACGACGAGGAAACAGACGACUUACGCUACUUUUAUAUAAAGUUUUUAGUAAUAAGCAAUAGAAAUCCUUGUCUGGUGUGAGUAAUUUGGAUGAUGCCACCUGCCUGGAGAUGCUAGUAAAUACUGAUGAACAGAGCCUGGGGAAUUUUGGUGCAAUGCUACCAAAUCUUGUUCAACUUAAAUUAUCAAACAGUGUAAUAUCCACAGUCAGAGACUUGGGGACUUCUUUGGGUAACCUGAAGAUUUUGUGGAUGUCGCAGUGUGGACUGACUGACUUGGACGGUAUUAGCUCUCUUUCAUCUCUUGUGGAGUUAUUUGUUGCAUUCAACGACAUCAAUGACGUUAGCCCAGUCAGUAUGUUGGAUAACCUAGAGGUCUUGGACUUGGAAGGAAACCUGAUUGACGACCUGUCGCAAGUAGAGUUUCUUUCACUGUGCUCAUCAGUCAAGAGUCUUAAUCUUGAGGGAAACCCUGUUUGUGUUGCACCACAUGCCAACUCUUCUGCCAACCCUUGGGAAAUUUUUUUAUAUUUAACAUGUAAUUAAUCACUACUUAACACAUGUAAUUGAGAACUACUUAAUAUGUAUUUAAUUUGUAUUUUUGCUUUACAUUUAAUCACUGCUUUAU